GGAAACCAUUAGAGCGCCAAGGACUAUAUAUUUGCAUAGUCCAGAUCAGAUCUCCCUUGCUUGCCGAGAUAUUGCGAGGGGAGCAGCUCUUCAGUAUUCCCAUUCCAAGCAUCUCAUUGCGACAACGACAACCCACAUACCAGCAUCACGACCACAUUUACGACCACACAUCUGCGCAUCAUGACGGCUUCUCCCAUCAUCAAACCAAAGAUCAAUCCCACCAACACCAACGCGAAAUCGACUCCUGUCACCAACCCGAUCACCCUCGACGUCCAAUCCCCCACGACGGACGAUGUUACCCCGGAAGACAUCCUCUCCGAGACCCAACGCCUGUCCGCAGCCCUGGAGACGUUCUGCGACCUCCUCAAGUCCAAGCAGAGCAAUCUCGCUUCCGCUUAUCAGACGUACGAGGCGUUGUGGAAUCACUACAUCUUGCUCUUGCGGCUGUUCGAUGAUUAUCGUUGGAAGUCCCGGAUGGGCAAGGAGGUGGCGAGGCAAGGACAGGGGCAACAGGAGAGAGGAGAGAUGGUCAGACAGAUCGAAAGCGGGUUCACCCGUCUGCUGCCCAUCGUCAAGCAGGCCAAGAUAGCGCUGAACAUGAAGAUGAAGAACGCCGCGCAGGUCUUGGCAGUUGUGCAGAGUACAGAGGGGGACAAGGGAAAGGACGCCACGGUCUCGGUUCACGAUCUGCCAGAGACGGCCAAGAGCCCCGUCGCACCCAAAUCGUCAAGGUUCAGCUUGUUCAGGAUUGGCACCGCUCCUCGUCGCAAAGUUCAGGACGGCAUCACCACCACCUCCUCUGGCGAAACCAACGCCUAGACCCGCAUAUCGUCCCUCAUGUACACAAUCCCUGCGAUAGAUACCUGUUCAAGCUCAUGCAUGUCUUUCCUUCACGCCCCUAUUCGUUACAGUGUACGAUUCCUGGUAGGAUGACGCCCGACGAUUAUCAGUCUCUAUUCCACGAAACGAUGCUUUCCCCAUCGUCAUCAAAGUCGUCCCGGUCGACGUUGAGCUCGAGAGCCCAGACUCCGAGCGUGACAAAUA